AGAUUGUAUGCAGGGUGUGUGUGAAUGAGAGAUGACACAGAAGGAGCAAGGCACUGCUAGAUCUUCCUAAAGCUUUGAAGAGAAAGGCCAAGAGGAGAGAGACAAAUGAGCUGAGAGGCUGGGAGAGUUUUCCUCCCUGCAACAAGGAAGGAACGUUUAACAAGGAAGCUUCAGAUCAGUGAAGGAUUAUACCAGAUCAGAAGAUCAUCUUAUCCCAGACACAUUCUUCUCUUCUUCCUCCUUGAGCAGGCAUGGAGUUCAGCAGUGAUGCUGACAACCACUCAGCCAUUGAGCAGUGUGAUUAUGCUGAAUGGAGUUUCUCAAAGGUCCUGAUUCCCUCCAUCUACUUGCUAGUUUUCUUUCUAGGCACCACUGGCAAUGGCCUGGUGCUAUGGACCAUUUGCUGGAGAAGCCAGGAGAAACGACGAUCUGCAGAUACAUUCAUUGCCAAUUUGGCAGUGGCUGACCUGACUUUUGUGGUUACCUUGCCACUCUGGGCUACCUAUGCCAUCCUGGACUAUCACUGGGCCUUUGGCUCUUUUGCCUGCAAGCUCAGCAGCUACCUGGUCUUUGUCAACAUGUAUGCCAGUGUCUUCUGCCUUACGGGACUCAGCUUUGACCGCUACUUGGCCAUUGUUCGCCCCAUUGCAAAUGCCAAACUGAGGUCAAAGGCUAGUGGACUUUUAGUGACUGUUAUACUCUGGGCUAUGGCUGCCCUUCUGGCUUUGCCAGCCAUGAUCUUCCGGAGUGCAGGAAUACUCGAUGACGAGUAUGACAAAGUGACCUGUUUCAUGGAUUUCUCCAGCGUGGCCACCAAUGAGACAGAGGCAGCCUGGGAAGCAGGGCUAGGUUUGUCCUCUACUCUUAUGGGCUUUGUGUUUCCCUUUGCCAUCAUGCUGACCUGCUACUUUUUCAUUGCCCGUACCAUUGCUGGCCACUUCCGAAAGGAGCACAGUGAAGGACUGAGGAAGCGGAAGCGCCUGCUGACCAUUAUCAUUGUCCUGGUGGCCACUUUUGCUCUAUGUUGGCUGCCCUUCCAUCUGGUGAAAACUGUCUAUAUGCUGAUGGACUGGGAGGUGAUGCCUUUGUCUUGCGAUGUCCAUGUCUUUCUUAGCAAUCUUCACCCCUACUGCAGCUGCUUGGCCUAUGUCAACAGUUGCCUCAACCCUUUUCUCUAUGCCUUCUUUGAUCCCCGCUUCCGACAGGCCUGUGUUGCUGUCCUCUCUUGCACAUCAAGGCAUUUGGCAGGUGCUGCAGGGGACAAGUCAGCCAGUUAUUCCUCUGGGCAUAGCCAGAACCAACCAGGGAAAGGACAGGAACCUCAGCGGGAGAAAUCAUGUCCCAAAACUCAGGAGUCUCUGCUUCGUGGGUAACAAGUAGAUAACAUCAAGCAGCAAUUAAGGACUUUGGAUAUAAUGAGAAACACCUCUGGUGUUUCAGCCAACCUCCCAGUUCUUCUAUAGCCUUCCUUUUCUAACACUUUCCCCCUUAAAAACAAAACAAAACACCUAUACCUUAUUUUGUCUUUCUUCCCUUCCCUUCCUUUCAAAGGUGUAGGUCUUAGGGGUAGGAUUGUGGCAAAAUGAGAAUGUUGUCCCCCCUCCCCAUAUGAGGAUUCUGUGUGAGAAAUGAAAUUUACCUUCAGUCUUCAAAUUUCUAGCAUUGCUGAAAGUGAGACAUUGUAAACUAUUCACAUCUAGACAUGUCAGAUUUCCUGUGUUUGGAUUCCCUUAAUAACUCUGCCUGCCUCUUUCCUCUGGAUGUCUAAACUCUGUUUUUAAAUGCUCAAUUGAAGCUUUAAGUUACAGCAAUACUGGAAAUUUGAUGUUUGAAAGAAAAAUGUGUGGGGGUGUUAGAAAUCAUAUGGGGGGCAAUGUCCUCAUUUGACCUCCAUUGUAGCUGCACCCUGUGUGUAUCCUGCUGAGCUGUCCAUUAGUCACUUGACCUCUUUUAAUAACAAAUAUCCUACAAUGAUAUAAAAUAAGCUUCUUUAGAACAGUUAGAGUCAUGCCUUUUUCUUUGUAGCUAAAAGCUCAAGUGUGUUCUGUACCUCAAAGUAUCUUCUAUGUUUACUUUUAUCAGUUUGCUCACUCAGGUUUAAGAUUAUAAGCCAAAUCCUGAAAUGUUCAGUUAAGCAGUAUGUAGCACAUCUCAUGAAAUGGAAGAAUUCUAAAUCAGGACUGGGGAACCUGUGCCUUUAUAGAGGAUCAGGUCUAUUCAGUCUGACCAGAACGGCAAAUGGCUAUGGAUUCUGGGAGGUGUAGUUGAAUAACAACUAGAAAGCUACAAAUACCUAACUCUUAAAUCAGUAUGAGCACAAUCAAAUCAGACAGAAUUUGUCAAAUCAGACAGAAAUAAUCUCUACUCUGUAUAGAUGACUGAUGGUGUUUCAAACCAGACCCUGUGAGAUGUCAGGACAUUUACUAACCAGAACACUUGGCUUCAUCUUUUGGUCAGCAGAUCUGGAGAUGCUGUGACUUGGCAGCUCUCAAUUGUUUUGUUCUUUCUAUGGGCAGAAAUUACAUCUAAGUUUCAGAAAUGUGUACUUUUAAUACCUAGUACCAGAACAGGCACCAUGGACAGAGGACAUUGCCCUGACAGAGGUUUAUCCCUGCAGAUAUGAUAUGGCCCACGGAACACACUGGGAACAAAUAUAAAAUUGUAUAUCCCUUGGUCCCUCUUCUGUCCCCCUUCCCUGUUUCUUUUUUAAAAAACCCAUCUUGCUUGUUUUCUACAAGGAAAAGUAGUCUGAGAUCCUGAAUGGAUGGUUUAGCAGUGGUCCCUUUUUGUUUGUUGUUAUGAUAUACCCCUUUUCCCAUUGGGAGCUGGUUUCUCCCAGAAUGUAAAGAAAUGUGUACAGUACCUCCAUUUUGCAGGUAUCAGAAAGAGAAGCAGGAAAAACAUAAUUACAUUUUAAUCGGCAGUAAGGAUUUCCUCAUAAAGGUUGGGAGGAUCCAAAUUGCCACUUGGCUGCAAUUUCUUCUUGUCUUUACAUAAGUUUAAAGUAUUAAGCCAGGUAGCUAAUUACUCUGAGCAUUCCUGAUAGUGAUGUUAUGGAUUCUCUUUAUUGGAUAAAGACUUAAAUAUGGAAAUGUUUCUCUGUAAAUGUGUAUUCUCUGAUCUUGUUCAUCAACACACCUAAUACAAUGUUAGACAACAAGUUUUAAUUUCUUUCCUUCUAUAUUUUUAUAGUCAAAUGAUUUUUUUAAACUGCAUUUUUAAAAAAAAACCUGGAACAUUUCUAAAUAAAACUAAUGCUGAAAUUUUAAUUGUCUGGCAAAUUGUGCAAACUGGGAAAUCCUUUUAACAAUCAAAUAUUCUUUAUUAAGUCAGAUGAAUAACAAGCUUAUUCUAUAAUAUUUUCUUUUUUUCCCCUUCUGUGUCUUGUUGUGUUCCUCAAAGUCAUUUUUAACUUAUGGCAACCCUAAAGCAAACCUGUUACAGGGCUUUCUUGACAAUCUGUAUCUACACAAUGUGAAAUAGAUUUCAUUUAAGCAAGGAAAAAUAAUGCAUAAUUUUGUUUCAAGUAUUCAGUUUUUCACAUGGCCUAACUUAAAACUGUUUCCUAUUGAGGAAUAUUCUAGAUCCUGGUAUUCACCUUGGCUAAUGUGCUCCUGUGGCACUAUGGACUCUGCUGUGAAACCUAUGUAACUGUUCACCAUAUUUUAAGAUGUGUUCAUGUGUGUCAGUCUCAUUCACACAAACAGAAAACAAAACAAAAUCUGCCCAAAACUCAAGUGGUAAAAAUUGCUGUGUACAUAGCUCUUGUACUGGAUGAAGUAUUGCCUGUGCCUCAGCUCCACAUUUAACAUAAUUCAGUGCUAAAGUUCAGCAUUAUAACAUUUUCUGGAUUAAAUAGAUAGUAGGUUCAAUGUUUUAAUACUUCCUAAUGAAAACAACCUCCCUGGACAUAAAAAUGUUUUUGGGAGGAGGCUACAUGGAACACUUUCCCCUGCCAUAUUAGAUUUACAUAUUAGUUUUGUUCAUGUAAUGUAUGCUUUUGGAUGCAAUUCACUUAUGAAACCCUACCUGCAAACUAGGAAACCUUAUGCUCACUAUACUCUGCUGAAUGUGUACAACUCUAUAUGGUCUACACCAGGGGUAGGCAACCUGUGGCCUGCGGGCCGGAUGCAGCCCGGCGAGGCCUUGGGACCGGCCCCAGCUCAGUCCUGCUGCCGAU